AGUUGUGCCCCAAACGGGCGAAGGGAAGGGCGACGCGACGGCGAUGGCGGGUGACGGGCGGGCCGAACGUUAGGCGGGCCCUGCGUGCGCCAGGUCGUGCUGCCGGCCCCGGCCGCGUCUCUCCUCUCGCUCGGCUCGGGUCGGACGGGACGGCGCCGCUCGUCAGGUGGAGGAGGAAGUGAGACCGAUAGGCGUCCCCUCCGGCUAAUUUAAGACUCGGGAGGGAGGACCAGAGGACUCUGGUGGCUCGCCAGGAUGUCGCCAGUGCCUCGGGGCCCGCUACACCGCGCACACCGCUGCACGCGCACGCGCUAGCACCGCGACAGCAUGGCACGGGCCGAGCUCGGCCUCGCAGCAGCAUGAUGAUGAUGCCCCCAGCAGCGUGAGGGGCUGCUGCAACGCGUGGUGGAGCCACGACCUCGACGAUGCUGGCCGUGCUCAUCGUGAUCCUGGCCGUGCUGCGGGCGGCGGCUCCCAGCGUCUCGCUGAAGGGCUUCCUGCACGACGUCACGGAGCGCAACAAGCUGGUGCGGCUGAACGGUGACGGCUCCAUCACGUACGGGAUGCGCUUCACCACCACGCUGGCCUGCAUGAUGGACCUGCACUACUACCCGCUGGACAACCAAAACUGCACCGUGGAGAUCGAGAGCUAUGGCUACACCGUGAUGGACGUGGUGAUGUACUGGAAGGACCCCAAGGACGGCAAGCAGCAGGACGGCCCGGACCUGGACGACGGCCCGGUGCGCGGCGUGCACAAGGCGGAGCUGCCGCAGUUCACCAUCAUCGGCUACGAGACCAACGACCGCAAGGAGCGGCUGGCCACCGGCAUCUACCAGCGGCUGUCGCUCUCCUUCAGGCUGCAGCGCAACAUCGGCUACUUUGUCUUCCAGACCUACCUGCCCUCCAUACUCAUCGUCAUGCUGUCCUGGGUGUCGUUCUGGAUCAACCACGAGGCCACCUCGGCGCGGGUCGCCCUGGGCAUCACCACCGUGCUCACCAUGACCACCAUCUCGACGGGCGUGCGCUCCUCUCUGCCGCGCAUCUCGUACGUCAAGGCCAUCGACAUCUACCUCGUCAUGUGCUUCGUGUUCGUGUUCGCCGCCCUCCUGGAGUACGCCGCCGUCAACUACACCUACUGGGGCGCGCGCGCCAAGAAGAAGAGCCACAAGGACAAGCAGGACGAGAAGGCCGCCGCCGCCACUGUGUCGAGCAAGGACUGCUUCUCGUUGACGUCCAACACGCGGGACUCCUUGGAGGCCGCCGAGCCCCCGCCGUCGCCGCUGCCCUACCUCCGCAACCAGGGCGGCGGCGGCGCAGGCGCCGGCGGACUCAUGCCCGUCACGUCGCCGGACCCGUCGCUGUCGCCGGCCGCCUUCCCGCCGUCCUUCCGGAUCGCCCGCGCGUCGUACGCCGUCCCCGGCGGACACGGCGGCCUCCGGCUCCGCGGCCCCCGCGGCGGCCCGUCGCACCCGCACCGCCCCCGCGUCCUGCACGCGCUCAAGAAGGGCGCCUCGGCCCUCAAGCAGAGCCUGCCGCGCAUCCGGGACGUGAACAUUAUCGACAAGUACUCGCGCAUCGUGUUCCCCAUGUCCUUCGUCCUGUUCAACGCCAUCUACUGGAUCUUCUACGUCGUCGUGGCGGGCUGAACUCGGUCGACUUUGAAGCGGGUGGAACGUGCGUGUGUGUGUGUGUGAACUGAACCGGACUUGUGUCAAAUGUGUUAGGCCGAAAACGUGCAAACCGAUCACUGCCUUAGUCGCACGCGUUACGAGUGAACCCUCGGGUUUAGUUGUCGAAUCCGUUCGUUAUAUGAUGUACUUAAGAAGUGUGCGUGGUUGCUAUUUAUUUGGAUCAAUUUUUUUUGUCGUUUGUUACUUUAUGAAUUUUACUUGGAUAUUUUGUUGGGCUGUAGCAGCUGUUCGUAUAAAGAACACAGGAAAAAUAAAAUAAAAACGUUGUAAGAAGUGUGUCGGUUAGAUAACUUCAGGAAUAUUGCCGGUAUUGUAACUAUUUUAAUGUGUCGUUAUAAACUUUAGCUUAUGAAUGCAAGUUUUUUUAAUUUUAGACCGAACUCGUAUUUGUCUAUAACUCUGAUCUCAACAAUCAUGCAGUCGUUUGGGAGGAAUGUCCCACGACUUCCUAACUUGCGGCAGUGUUUAACAGUAUUAUAUUAUAACAUGUUGUGUCUUGUGUUUUUGUCGCUUUAUUUGCACACGUGUAUUGAGAUUAUCUGGUUUCAGAAAAUAACCGUUAGGGAUAUCUUAGUAUCAUAUUUUACCCUCCGCUUUUGUAACCCCCUUUGCCCUGGCCGCAAAGCUUGUCGUGGAGCUUGAAGCAUAGCGCUGACUUCAUAAUUUUGUUGUUUUUAUCUCUGCCAUCGCGGAGCGUGUUUAAGAGGUUUUUAUGUUGUAUCCCGCUAUGGACGAUUUUGUUUCCUCCAUGUAAUAAAAGAACAAUUUCCUAC